CAAAUUCGACCUCGAAAUUAUGAUAACGAAAUCCAAUGUUAUGACCAUCAACCUCCUGAAGAUGCACCUGGUUGGGCAUAUACUGAACAACCCAAUGAUAUAUACGAUACAGAUUUCAAUAG